UAUAUUUUGCUCAGUCCUCCUUCAUUUUUAUUCUGCAUAAUCGCGUUGGUUCAUACUCCAUUAUGAAACUGAAUUCAAUAAAACAGUCAGUGGAAGCCUGCAUAACCAGGCUUUUAGACGGUUUCAGCCGUCGUAUUAUAUUACUGUACCCAUCCUAUUCCUGCCCACUCUAGUUUUGCGGUUGGCUUUAAGUGAUUCCGCGUCCGUUCUUAUACGCAUUAUGUGUCCUGCAUGCGCGGCUUUUUUAUAGUUAUAAUUUACUGUCAUUUCAAAUAUGUUUGAAAACAGUCAGGUCUGGCCUUAUGGGGCGGUCGACGUGCGUGACGGGGACGGUUCCUUUCGCCACGGCCUCGUCAUCGCUUUAAUCCCAGAGAAGGGCUUCCUUGUUGAUUUCGGUUAUCGUAGUCACGAGGCGGAAUUCGUGUCAUUUUCUCGAUGUUUCGGCAAUGAAUACAAUCCCUUAGCCUGUAAAAAAGCCGUCGAGAUUCUUUGGAGAGGAUCCAAAAAAGAUGCUUGGCGCUGGUAUCCCGCCACCAUUGUUGCGGGAUCUCUCUACACGUUUACCAUGGUGGAAAUGUAUCGAAAGGGAAAGUUGGUGCGAGAAGUUGUACGAAAAUGGGACCUGCAGCGGGCCGAGGACAGACCCCUUCUCGAUCUGAACAGAUAUCGUCUGCACAGCGUCAAGCUUAAUCUGCCAUUGAAAAUUCUUGCACAAAAAAGGAGUAGGGAGGAUUUCCGGUGGUGGAAUCGGAUUUAUGGCCGAUCGGCAAAUGUUAUAUUACAAAAUGUUGAACACGGGCGGUUGUUUUAUAUUUCCAGCCGUUCUAAGGAAUAUUUUUCUCCGUCAGAUUUUUGGAAAUUGGCUAAGGUGUUUCGAAGGAUGGCCACGAGGUCGGCGCCUCGUCAGAUGCUCAGCCGGUUUCCACACUGUAUCUCCGAAAAUGUUCCCGUUGAUACAGGCAGAAGGUUCAUCGACAGAAAAUUCCUUUUAAAUUUUUGCCAAAGAGGUCAGAAAUCGGGAAACCUGGAAGCUCAUUUACCAUGUAUCGAUAAAGUUUUACCAGUGGAAUUAAUCGGCAGAAUAUUUUCAUUCCUCGAACUGCGCACCAGGGUCAAGUGCCGCCUAGUGUGUAAAUCCUGGCUCAAUGUCCUCACAUUCGCCCCGGCUUGUGCGGUCGUGCAAAUCGAUUUGCUGCUGUACUACAACGACGAGCUAUCCCGCGCACUGGACCGGAAUAUCACCGCAACGACUAAAAAACUUAUUCUCUUCAGUACAGCUCAGGAUUCUAAUGCCAGCGACCCUCUCACCACGGUCAUCGGUCUGCUAAAAUUGAAGGGCAUUCGAAUACACACCAUCUGUAUCGCGCACUUUGAUGUGUGGACUAACGACGUGCUGGCGUUUUCGUCCGAGCUCAAUCUUAAAGUUCGUUCGGAGUGGAGCGAUGUAUGCGAUCGGUUGGUGUUAGACGAUGUGCGCGUAUAUGGGUUAGCCUAUCUAGAUGAAGAAGGGUGUCGGUGUUUGCGCGAUAAGGGAAUGGGCGACGGCUCUUAUGACAUGCGCUUUGAUUACCUGGACUUCAAGGCCACGAUAAAAGUUAACAGCUGGAAGAUACACACGAAUGAUGCCGGAGAAAUGGGAUCGGCAUUGGAAGUGCUAGAAAACGCAUGCCUUCCGAUGAGCGAUGAGGAUUGCCGCGCGUUGCAGACCGCAAUGGAUGCGAAGGGUUUACCGCAGCAUACUGCGAUACAGGUACUGAAACAGUGGCAAGCUGGUGAUGCUCGAGUUGAUCGCAUCUCGCCGUUGACGAAUAUUCCAUUGGCAGAUCCUCCGUUGAAUUCCCUGCGGAAGUUGACGCUCUUUGCGUUGCAGUGGCACUUGUUACCGCGCAAGCCAAGGGACAUGGAUUCGUGGGAGACUGGCAAAGGCCCGUGGCAUCUAUACUGGAAAUUUUUAUUUGAGUAUUAAAUGUCUGUUCCCGUCGAAGCCGCAUUUCGGCGCGAUGAUAAUACGUCAGUUAAAAAUUUAAUUCUUUAACCUAAUUUUUUUAAAAAUUGUACGCAUACUUUUCUGUAGGAAAGGCUGUUAAAAAAAACUAGGCCUUUGUAAAGGAUAUUUGAACACCCUUAAUGUAUAAUAAAAAUAAGCGGCAGUG